UCGAAAACAUUCGCCGGGUAGGACGUGUUUUCGUCGUCGCGACCAUUCAACGACUUUCGUGCGCAUUUGGUGUGAGUGUUGAGCUGUUGUAUGGAAGGGUAAACGUAUCGAGAGGAAGAGGGUUCAGUUGUUGUUUUCGUCCGUGCAUCGUUCGUUCCUUGACAACCCAGUGCUCAGCGCCGUGGUGUGGAAGCCUCUUCUAGCACUGUCUCCUAUGUGUCAAGGGUUGUUGUGAUCCCAAGAUUUUUUUUUUUUCUCUGCGAAACGGAAGUGAUAUGUGAAAGCACCAGAUAGCUUGUGAAAUAUUGUGUAGGAGUUGCUGAUAACAAAAAAGAAUCGCCCGAAAGAAAAUCCAACAACCCUUUCGGGGUGGAUUUGCUGAACCUGAGAAAAGCACCGUUCGGCGAAAGUGGACACAAGUGAAAUAAAAAUAAACCCCACCUCCUCCCCCACCCGCGCCUGGCCAAUGUCGCUGAAAGUGACUAACGGGUGGCCUAAUGUGUAGCGUUGUGCCGUUCCCACCGAAGGGACACUGCCCAGCCAGCACACAUACGCCCUGCCGCACGCCGCACUCAAGCUAACAACGGCUACUGCACCCGGGGAUCGUAAACAUGGGGAUAUCAGAAGCGACAUUGUUUCCAUUAUUUAUCGGCCUGCUCGCCUGCUUGGCGGUGAAUGUAAUUGCUCUGAAAGUGAAUAAGGAUCCGCAGCAGCAGCAGCAGCAGCAGCACCAGCAACGGUCACACUCAGGUGGUCCGCUCGACCGAACCGGUCGGGCAGGAGGUGGUGGUUACACGUCGGCAAACGACGAUUUUGGCUACAUUUCCGAUGCCAUGCUGCCGGAUGUGCACUGCCACGGUGCGGGCUCGCCGCUCGGUGCAGCGGUGUCAAAGGGCGCUGGCAAUGCCGGUGUACCACCGUUCAAGUCGGAUGUGUCCACCAGCCUGCCCGCUUUCUCUGGCACGGUCACCAACGCGAAAGCGCCGUUCGGUGCGGAUGAUCCGGACGAGGAGGAACCGGACGAUGACGAGGACGAUGGGUACGAGGAUGGGGGCGAGCUGUUGGGAAACUUCGAUGAGGACAGCCGAGCGACGGAAGACCGAGGACCGAGCGGCCACAAGCACGACUCGCUGGAUUACACCGAUAACUUCGAGGUAGCGGCAAUCGAUCAGAUCGAGAGCUUCGGGGCGGGGAACGAUGGGACACCGCUGCCGGUGUUUCUGGUAGAGCCGAAAGGUGCUUAUGUCAUGAAGAAUCGACCCGCCAAGCUAUACUGCAAAGCGUCCCAUGCACUGCAGAUCUCGUUUAAGUGCAGCGGCAGCACAAAACCUCCACCGACGGAGAAAGAACACCACACCGAUCCGCACAGUGGCGUCCAGCUGCAGGAAGCGACGGCCACCAUCACCCGCGAGCUGGUCGACGAGUUCUUCGGCAAGGGCCCAUUCAAAUGCGAAUGCCGAGCAUACUCAUCCCGUGGCCACGUCAAGACACAACCGGUUACGAUCCAAGUGGCAACCAUUAAGAAACAAAUUAGCAUCUCACCGAAGAUCGUGCGCGUCGCCACGGGUGGUCGGGCCGAGCUGAACUGCAUCGCGAAUGCAACACCGGCGGCCAAAGUCGUGUGGCUGAAGAACAGUGUGCCGGUCCACGCCAACCCACCGUUUGUACUGCUGACCGAGAACGCGCUGCUGAUUGCUCGAGUCGAAAUACAGGACAUGGCCAAUUAUACAUGUGUUGCGGAGAACAUCGCCGGCAAGCGCGUAUCAGACCCAGUUCCAAUCACCGUGUACGUUGAUGGAGGAUGGAGCUCAUGGGGUCCUUGGACGGACUGCAAAUGUCCCGGCCAUGGCAAGCAGGGCCAAAAACGUACCCGUGUGUGCAACAGUCCAGUGCCGAUGAAUAAUGGUGCACCUUGUAAAGGUGCUAGCACAGAGUCCACGCCCGAUUGUCUACCUUGCUCUGCCGGACGAUGGUCCAGUUGGUCCGAGUGGAGUGAGUGUGGCCCAGACUGCACCCAGAUUCGACAGCGCUCCUGUGUCGGUAGCUCGUCGGCCACUCAACUAGGGUCCGUACCAGUGACUUCGGCUGCCUUGGUAGCUAACAGUUCCUCAGCCCAAGCUUUCGCGAUCGAUAGUGGAACUAUCGUCAAUUGUGCCGGAAAGAGUCAACAGUCCAUCAAAUGUACCGGGGGGCUAUGUAACUACACAGCGCAAGAUUCCAACUGGUCCGUCUACCUGUGGGUUACCUUGGUUGCUGCUUUCUGUCUAGGAGUUGUAUUUGCCGUGUCCAAAUUCCUACGAAGAAAGAAAACCAUUCCAGCUUAUAAUUUGGCUCGUUCAGAAAUGCCGACCGAAUAUUUCGCCAACGAGAGCAAAAAGCUGACCCAUUUCCAGCCAGAUCUGACGCAGAACACGGGCCCCAUCAAUUACGAGUACCCGAUGACAGCGUCCCUCCAGCCCCAUCUGGCCGGUCAUCACCCACACCACCACCACCACCUACAGCAGCAGCAGCAGCAGCAUCAUCAUCAUCUGUCUUCGCUGCACCACCAGCACGGCAGCAGCCUGCUCGGGCCGGUAGCCACCGGACACGGACAGCUUCAUCCCCAGUGCCAAUCGCAGCAAGCGCCAACCCUUCCGAUCGGGGGCCUCAAAUCGUCAUUGCCUUUGCCACGGUCCAAUUCCGAGCACCAUUACGACGUGCCCCAUUUGUGCAAUAACUACAUCUACCCGCUGGACAAAGUCAGCAUCAAUGAAUCAUACUCGUCGUCCACCUAUUCGAAGCGCGUGUGCAGCGUGGAGUCGCUCGAGACAUCGACCAACACAUCGGCCGAUUCCACCUACGACCAAGCGCCGAUGCUCCCGCCCAGCAGCUCGCCCGCCAUCCGCCCGACCACGCUGGUGGAGGAGCCGUUCCGCGGCGCGGAGGUGACGCACGCGACCCUAACGCCCGCCGGCGCCCUGCUCCGGCUCGCCACCUACUCGACCGCGCUGCUAAUCCCCGAGGGCGCCAUCCCGAAGCACCAGCGGCACAGCGUGGCGCUGUCGAUCGUGCGCGACGACAAGCACCACGUGCCGGUGCCGACCGGGCCGCGCUCGACCUACCUCAGCCCGGUCGUGUUCUGCGGCCCGGUCGACACGAAGGUAAACAAACCGAUCGUCAUGCAGCUGCCCCACUGCGCGGAGAACCUGUCCGACUGGGCGUUCUCGCUGUACAGCGCGCCGGACAAUGUAACGCCCUGGUGCAAGGUCGUGACGAUCGGCGAGGAGACGCUCAACACGCCCGCCCUGGUGCAGAUCGACAAGCGGUACGCGUACGUGCUGACGGAAACGUUCGGCAAGUACGUACUGGUGGGCGAAUCGGCCACCGACAUCCAGGAGCGGGUGGCGUGCAAAAGGCUGCGCCUGUUCAUCUGCGGCCCGUCGACCGUGCCCGAGUUUUCCGACGUCAGCCUGCGCGUGUACAUCGUGGAGGAUAACCCGGGGGCGGAGGAGCGCUGCCGGCACUGCGAGCAGGAGAUCGGCGGUGUCCUGCUCGGCCGCAGCACGGCGCUGCACUUUGCGGACGUCGGCCAGGCCGGGCUGAACAUCGACCUGCAGUGCGUCGGUGGCUGGCGGGCGAAAAGCUCGAGCGAGCGGCAAACGAUACCGUUCUCGCACGUGUGGAACAGCGCCUGUACGGCACUGCACUGCAGCUUUACCCUGUGCCGGACCGAGCACGACAAGUGUGACUUUAAGAUCGUGGUGCAGGCGUCGCAGGAUGUCCCCCAAGGGUUAGACGAGCGGCUGACAGCGAUCGGUGUGCCGGCCACGCUCAGCAUCUCCUCGUUCGUGCCGAUGGCAAAGGAUGGGCGCCACUGUCAGCACUCCUCCAGCUCGUUCGAAACGAUGACGAUCUGUAGCGUUGGGUCGGGCGAUCACAACACCAACCUGCUCGCGACCGAUCGCUUCCGGCUGUCGAAGGACGUGAAGCGGAAGCUGUGCCGGUGUCUCGAUCCGCCGACCCAGAAGCGCAACGAUUGGCGCAUGCUCGCCGCACACCUGAACGUGGACCGGUACCUGACGUACUUUGCGACCCGGCCCUCACCCACCGACCAGAUCCUCGACCUGUGGGAGUGUCGCAAUCGCGACCUGAACGCGCUGCAGCAGCUGAUCGAGAUCUGCCGCACGAUGGAGCGACCGGAUGCGGUGGCGAUACUGGAGCAGAUCCAGCCGGCGGCCCCGUGGGUGUAGGAAGUCCUGCUGCACGGGGAAGCCCAGAACUAACGAAUAACCAAGCGAUGGCUGCGAUAGUAGGUCAAGUCACUCUUUAUAAAUAUUUAUAAUUCAUUAUCAACCAAACGGACACCGCACCGCCUUGUCAGUGUGUUGCGCCAGCCGAAGAAGGGUGCGGAGAAAUUGACUGACAGCCACACGGGCUCUGUUCUGCGGAACGGUUUGUCCGUCCUGUUACGUCCCUGUUUUUUCCCACCCUGACUGUUCUUCGCUCUUUCUCCCCCGAUCCGGGACUGGACAAUCCUAUCGGACAAUCUGUUAUUAACUCCGGCACUCUCGCGCAGACGAACUAGCCAGCGAACCCGUCUGCCAGUCGGGUAGUUGUCGGUUGUCACUCCACCCCUGACACUGACACGGCUACGGAUGCAAGGCGUCAUUGUACUGAUUGCAAUUGCACCGAUGUCCGAUGCUGUCCGUUUAGGAAAGAGCCCUUUCGAAGCCAGUUCAGAGGCCGAAAGGGUUCAGCUCGGAAAGGUCAGUGGUUGUGUUGGUGCUCGUCCGGCGGGAUGCAUACGUUACACACUGGCUCAGAGCGCUAGUAGCAUCGAGACUCCAGCGGAAGGAGAAGACGCGUGGACGCUGAGACGACUGGCAUAAGGUGAUUUUGUGUUUUCGUUUUCUGUUUCACUCUGUACAAUGUAAUGUAGCUGCUUAAGAUGUUCUCACACACACAGAGAUGCGCACAGUAAAUCUCAACUACGUAUCCUACGUAAGCUAUUGCUCAAAUCAAGCAAAAGUUCAUCCAGUAGUACCACGCGGAAGAAGAAUUGGAACAAUCCAGCAUUUUUGUACGAAACAUUGCCGUCUAUCAAGCUAUCGAACGACACACCAAACUCAUAUCAGUUGCGGUGCUAAUGAUACUACAACUUUCUUUCUUAUCAAUCUUCUCCAAUUGGAUACCAUAAUCGUUACAGUGCGUAACACAGCUAUGGCAACACAUUUUGUUGUUGCGAAAAAAAACAAUAGUUGUAAAUGUUUGGUACAUAGCAGUCAAAUUCCAAAGACUUGCAAAUUCAAAUCUUGUCCAUUUAUAUUAUUAACAGUUUUGCAUUUUUAGAGUAUUAUAGCCAUUUUUACGUCAACGAAUACUUUAAACAAUAUUUUUUCUUUAAUUGAAAUGGUAUAAACUUAAAAAAGUUUAAAAAGAUUAAAAAGUUUUUUAUACCAUAUACCAGGUUCAGUAUCAUUGUUUUCAAUCGUUGCAUGGCGUUUGUCAUAAUAUUGGAAUAUAUUCAAAAAUUGUACCGAACUGUUCACAUAGCUGUGUUACGCACUGUAAUAGUAUUUUAUUUUAUUUCGCAUCAUUACUAUAACAUCGAUAUCUCCCUUGCAUUUCCAAACAAAAGAACACAGCAUCCCUUUUAGACGAAAACAAAAAACAAGAGUGAAUAUAAAAAAAACCCAAUAGAAUUAAUUAAUAAGACUGAUAACAAAACUGUAUAAAUAAAAGCGGGCGAAGCGAAAUAAGAUAAUUACGCGCAGUUCAAACCUGCAUCGUGCGUGCACUAAUGUUAGGCUCUGUUGAAAAACGUCAAAUACCAAAAGAUAAACAUCGAACCACACGCGCAUUGCAUUAGAGAGGAUUCAGAUCUUGCCGAUCCUUUAGGUGGUGUUGAGUGGCGAAUAGAAUGACAUCUACACUAAGUACUACUAUUCGAUAUAAGUUCGUACCAGUAGCGAGAUGUAAAGCUUAAUAUGUUGUGCAACACUGUCACAGCCAGUGUCGCUUUCAGUGUCCUUCCCAAGAAAACAAAACAAAAAUACGAUUGAGUUUAUGUACUGUAUAAAGUUUAUGUGAAAGUAAGUGAAAAAUCAUACCGUUAGAGUACGUUUCUCGUCCAGUGUUGUGAACUAUGUUAAAGAUGAUUUUAUCAUACUUUUUUUGGGCGGAGAGAAACACCGCCACGCAAGAUGUAAUCAUUCAGCACUAAUGUUUCCUUAGUAAUUAAAGUCUUUGGUAUCAUGCUAGAGUGUUGCUGCCAUAGAUAGACGUGCACCUGGAAGUCAAAAUCGGUGUACCAUACUUUAGCAGUGAACGUUAAAACAGACGACAGGAAAAGAGGUGAUAAAAUAUUCAAAAUAUUUUAUGUUCGAUUACUCUCCUUCAAAGCCCUUAUUCUACUAUCAACGCUCUGCCCACUGCGGCUGAAAUUAUUAGUUGUCUAGUGUGUAGUGCACCAAGCAAAAACGAAUUCUACCCUAUCGAACUUAACCGGAAUUGCCUUUGUUCUAGUUUCUAUGAUUAUUCUUAACAAUGCUUUUAAAUUUAACGCUAUCGAGUGUACGCACGUACGUUCGCAGUUCAUGUUUUAGAUGUACUAAUUCAAACUUUAGUCUUCUAGCUCAUUACAGGGUGUGGCGGAAAGGGAUGCGGAAAUCUUUUCAAUUCAAUUUUCAAAUUUAAUGAGUCCUCUGACCAGUUUAUUACUAUAACCCAACAGAUCAAUAUAGAUUAUCGUUUCGGUUUCGGUUUAUUUGCAUCAAUAUCUUUACAGGAUUUACAGGUUUUUGAUGUGAAAAUUAGUUUUCAAUUCAAUCAUCCAUUUUCAGAUAUGAAAAUAGAGCCUUCAAUUUGACUUCAAACAUUCUUCCUGGCUGCUUAACUCUGUCUUUAAAACAACACACCAAGGUGUAUAUAGUUAUUUUGGAGAACCAAGUAUUGUUUUUGGAGUUAGGCAGUGUCUUUGAGAUUCAAAACGCUGUCCCAAAGUGGGAUAAGUUCCCAUCUAGUGAGUUAUCUUCAAAGGACUUAAUAAACGCAAGAACAUGCCAAAAAGUUGGGUAAAGUAUUUGCACAAAAUAAUAAGAAUUUUCGCAUUCCUUUCCAUCACACUCUGUAGUAGAAUGAUUUACCAAGACGCGACAUGUUCCGUAUGUUACAAAUUUUGGGUUUAGGCACUGGAAUAUGAUGUAUAAAAAGAGUGGAUCUUAUUGUAGCGACGAAAAAAUCGCAGGUAAUGUGUAAAAAGUAUGUCCACGUACACCUGUGUGUGUAUUUGUUCAAAGAACCUUACGAUAAAAAUGAGAAACAUGCGCCAGGAAGAAAAAAAAGGAAAGAGAAUACCUUGUAUUACACUGUAUAAGAGCAAUGCUGCUAAAUACUUCACAAAUGCCAAGUGCCAAGAGAAAAUACUUGUUUCCCAUACAUAUUGUGCUCUUCUUCUUCUUCUUCUGUCUCUGGUACUCACUCUCACCCUCCCCCCUUUCCCAGGAAUGGUCACCCCAUAACUAACGAACCCUCACACACAGAGUUUGAGGUUCGUUUAGAAUUGUCCUUUCAUGCACGGUGCGGCUAGUGGCCGCCCAUCCCCCUGGGUUGAGCGCAUAUUUGUCAAGGACAGCACACACACAUACCGAAAAGGGACACGAAAGAAUACAACCGUCCCCGCAUUGUAUUCUGCUCAAACAUCAUAUUUCGCUUCCAAUCCCCUCUACUUCCGGUGGGUAGCCACCGCCUGGCGUGGCUUCCUUUCGGGACACGUGCUACAAAUCAACCAGCAUCUCGCUCGCUUGCAUACCCCCGUGUCCCCGCCAUUCACCGACACUCACUUCCGGUCUGCUCGUCCGUCCGCCCGCCCGGUGGCAAUUAACUCAGCUGGAAACGAAAUUAAUUGUAAAACCGCACCGCGCGCGCAUCGGCUGCACCGCAACCGCAUUGUGCACACAAUGCACACACAUGCACAAAAACACAAUGCACAACAAUGAGUAAAACAAAGAAGCAUCCCGACGACAGAAAUAUGAGCAUAAAUUGUCAAUAAAUUGUGGAAUGCAUGCACACACACACAUUCUACGCCUUUUUGCUCUGUAGCCUAUUGCCCGGGCGCAGUUCCAGGGAACGGCUGGGAGUCAUUUCUGCCAUAGGGAAAGGAUACAAUUUUAAAAUUGUUUCUGCUUUUUAGUUUGAUUUCUGUUUUUUUUUUUUUGUGUGCUGUUUGUUCCCCCCAGUUGUGUAGAUUCGGCAUAGAGCACAAAUGGUUGCCAUCAAUAGGGGAUGAUAAUGGUGUGUGCGUAUCGAAAAAAAAGGCCUGAUUUUCCUUUUUUUCCCUAGGCCUAGUCUAAAACGAGCAACAGCAACAACAAAAAAUCGCAACUAUUUCGCAAUGCAUUUGCAUACAUUGAUGCUAGGCGCUACCAUUGCUAAAAUGUAUUCAAUUAGAGCACAUUUUCGAACAAUGGGCCCGUGCCUAUGACAGCGCCAGCCCGACCGGAAGACCGGACCGGAAGCCGCACGUUCGGCCUCAGUGGCUCUCUCGGUGCUUUUCUCCCGGCGCAGUCAUUAGCUUAAAACCUUUUCACCCAUCCCCCUUUGCUCUGGUGGGGGGGACCAUUUGUAUGAUGGGAAUUGAUUUAUGGACGAUUUUCCAUAAUCGAUGACAGUAUCGGGCAGGAUAAUAUUUUCAAAUUAAAUAUCUGUCCCAAACCGACCUCCACCCCCUCCCUAGUGGUUCGAAUGCUGGAGCGCAAAUGGAGUGCUGGCAGGCAUAACCCGCUGGAGUUCCCGCGAUAGGAUGAGAGAACCAAUAGUAAGGAUUAAAACCGAUACACAAACAAACACAAAAAAGUGGUCCACACGGUAGCGCGGGCCGGUUCGAAUGCACGAAUAUGCGGGCUUCGUUGGGCUCGCGAAUCCACGACUAAUGCUCAAAAUAGUGCAAAUAACCUAAUGGAAGCGUUCCGGAAAAGGGAAAGGGAGUGGAGUGGAGACAGAAUGGACAGGGCAGAUUGGGCAAAUGUUUCCCGUCUCGGUGUGUGACAGUUGAUGCGUAACGAACAUGGCACUCGACACACGAUGAGCAUAAUUAAAUCGACAUCGGUAGUGAACCGGAACACGGAUGGUCAGGAUACCGGCCUUAGGUCGCUAGGGCCAAGUGUACCGGGCGGAAAGGUUGGAGUGAGUGCCUGCGUGACAAGUGUGUGGCGCCUCGAUGCGUAAACACAUGUUGGUCAGCUGAACAGAGAGAGAGCGAGAGAGAGAGAGAUGGAAGGAGAAGUGGCAGAACAAUUGGCUCGGGCAGUUUUGUAAAUCCGGAGGUUGUCUUUUGCGUAGGAGCGAACAGAUCACUCGGCAGGCGUGUGCGUUUGUGUAGAUAUACACUCGAAUUCUUGUGUAAGUAGUUUCCAAUUGUAAUGUGUAAUCGAUAGUAAGGCAUACGGCUACCAUCACGGUUGAUAUACAUAUACAUCUACUAUACUGCCCGUGGAGGCAAACACAUUUAUAUAUAUAUUUGUUAUAAAAUAUAAUCGAAAACUAUACAGCAUA